GCGGUUAAUGAUGAUGAUCCCGUGGUCAGUAUCCUUACAGAAGGCCACACAAUCGAGGCGAUUGCCAACCAGCUCCGGGAUUCUCGUCUGCAAGAUCCUUCAGAACAACCAAGUCUAUUUGUUGGCAGUUUAGGGAACCAAGAACCUCCGUUUGACAACUCAGAUGAACCACCUCCCCAACCGACCCUGCCAACUGUAUUCAAAUGGGAAGGCGGUGGAAAAGACGUCUACAUUAGCGGAACCUUUAAUGGAUGGAAGUCCAAAAUCCCGAUGAACUUCUAUACCAUUAUCGAUCUCCCGGAGGGUGAACACCAGUACAAAUUCAUCGUUGAUGGUCAAUGGAAACUUGGAAAAGAUCAAGUAUGUUGUGUAUAUCUGUGUUACUCGCUUUUCUAUUCUCGCAUCUGUGGCAGUUGUUUUCACUGUUAUACAUGA